AUGUUGUGGGACGGCUGCGUGCCCACUGAAGGUCUGAUCAUGACAGUUGAAGACUUCAGACUCAAAGCGCGAAUGGGGACACAGCCUUUUCCGUCCGGAGAAUGGAAAGUGGAGGGUGAACCGUGGCCCAUCGUGAUUUUGGCUGAUGGGAACUAUGAAAGAAAGAGGAACCCAGGGAUUUCGGACACGGGUUUAUAUGUGCAGUUGACCUUGGCUGACGACUGCAAGCUCCAUCGGCUGUUGGUGGGACAAGACAAGAGCAAGAUUGUGCCAUCAGUCGCCAUCCGUCAAGAUGUACGUGGUAAACUCAUGGAUGCAAAGGUCGCCAAGAACGAGUGGAUCGCAAGUUUGCGUGGAAUCAUGCAAAACAUUGUGCGCAACGGCAUCAAUGAGGAGUCCGUGAAUGCCAUCAGUCAGAUCUUUGAUUGGGUGGAUGGUUUCAACAAACGAUAUGAAGUGCACAACUCUGGAACGAAGAACCCUCAGUUCGAUGACUUCAUGAAAGAGGUGGCCAAUUUCGUCAAAGAGCUUGUUGCUACUGUCCAUACUUCUGGAGAUGUCUGGCCCCAGCGGGUGCUUUGUGCUACUCACUUCAUCAGCUGCCUCUUCAAGCGAUGGAGCUUCGUGACGUUGACCUCCACCAGCUGGUUCAGCUGGGGGGACAGCCAUUUUCACCAGGCUCUACUGGCGUGCCGCGACCAAUUUGCCCGAGCUUUAGAGAGAAGCGGGGGGAGGAUGGACCUUUAUUUGAAUCGUCUGAGUGACCAAAGCCUCCGGUUGCUGAUGAAGCAACUGGAGAUGUUGGCUUCACGGGAAGAAGCCUAUGCCCGGGAAUUGCCAUAUGUGCGGCUUCUGGAAAUGGCCAUCGCCGUGUCGGGGCGACUGCGCAAAGAGUUGCCCCUAUGGGAGUCGAAGGUGGGAGAUCCAGAGAAUAAGUUCUUCAAUCUGGAUGCUUGGAUGAAGUUAUCACCACGAUCGUUGAACAUGUUGAGCAUUGUUGAACAUUGUUGA